AGGCUAACGCCAUUGGUGUUACAAUACAACAUCCGGAUACCUUUAUCAAAAUAAAAUUACUUUUAAACGCCACUCAAAUUACUACAUUCGUUUCAUCAUCGUUAUUCAAAACAUAUUCAUAAUUCAAGUUAUCAAUUCAUUUAUUGUGAUAGUUCUGAAUUCUGUAGUUUAUUGGGGUAAAUAUUAAUCGUCCAAAGUGUAUUUAACAUGAUCACAAAAUGUUUCAUUUCCGGUUUGUCUAACACUCUACAUCUUGAAACACGUUGGGCCAGUCCUCCUGACGUCACUCUGCACGAUUUUGGCGCCCAGGCUAAUAAACAGUGUCAAACGUGACACCUGAAGGUCCACAUAGCUAGGCUUUCUUUGCAUGAUCGGGAUCGACUAAGUCUAAACCUGAAGCUCAACACAGCCUGGAUUUCAUUGCAUGAUCUGGAUCGACAAAGCCUAUAAACGCAAUCCGAGAUAAGUGGUACCACGACAGUAGUUAAUAACUCGCUUUGUUAACCCAGGCUCUCAUCCUGGAUUUGUGCGCAUUCACAUGUAAGGGUUUGGAGCUUCACUUGACUCAAGAUCCGCGAAAAUGGAGCGAUCUAGAGCCGCAUAUUUCACUCAUGAAGAGCAAAGUUUAAUCAUGGAGGGUUACGACGAAUAUAAAGAAAUGAUCACUGCAAAAAGCAACACUGUUGCUGCAAAUAAGGCAAGAGAAGAAUGCUGGCAGAAAAUUGCUGACCGUGUCAACAAAUGUGGUACCAGCAUCGUGAAACGGACAUGGCAGCAAAUCAAAAUAAAACAUAAGAACAUUAUCCAAAGCGCAAACAGGAAAAAAAAUGAGAUGAGGAAAACUGGAGUGGAGCCAGCUCCAGCAUCAUCCACAGCAUCCGAGGAGCUGGACCUCUCCAACAAUGAGGGCUGUCCAAUCAUCGAAGGGAUAGAGGGAGCCUUCCAAUCAGAUCCCAGUGCCGGCAGCUCCCAGCAUCAUUUAUAUGUUCAGGUGGAAGGAGAGACAGUGGUCUUGCUGGAGCCACCAGUACAUGUCCCUCAUAAGUCCUCUCCAAAGAUGGAGAUUGAGGAUGAAGACACAUUCUCUGUGUCCUCAGACAGGCCUUUAGGGGGAGAGGGCAUUCUCCAUCACUCCCCUCAGCCUACGGCCUCCACUGCCAGGCAAACCAAAAGGCAAAUUGCACCAUGCCAAAACUCUUUGUACAGGUGGCAGAUACCAUCCGUGCCUUGUACAAAAGGAAUCUGGAACUGGACAACCUUAAAAAGGAACUUGAAAUAAAGAAACUAAAGCUGGAAAUACUUGAGCUCAAGACCAAGCACAUGGAAACAUGCGGAAUAAAAUGACAGAAACAUUCAGCGAGUGUAUAUACAGUAAUUCACUUUAUUGUGGAAGCAACUUGCGACGGCACACUUCCAGUUCUGCAAAGAAUUGCUAUGACGAAUGCGCCGGUGGAGUGAUCGAGGACAACCGGGUCCACGUCUGGUGGCACAUGAGCUUUCCUCCCGUAUGACUGCAAUGUUAUGCUGCAUACUCAAUGACUGUCUCACAUACCUGCUCAGGAGGCAUCUGAAGCAGGACUUGAUGAUCCAAAGACCAUCUCUAUCCUAUCUUAAGGAUCCUCGCACCCAGUGUCCACAAAUGGUGACGCUAUUUCAAUUGACAUCCAGAGGGCUUUAACAGUGAAAGGCCGAUUUAAUCUGAAACCCACAACGUAGCCCGCUCUCGACCAGGUUACGAGUUUAUCAUAAAUUACCAUGGUGAAGGGUUAAAAACAAAAGAGCCGCUUUCCUAAGACUGAAAGUCCUGGCUUUAGACUCAACACAGCUCGCUAAACCAUUAAUCUUGCUUUGUAGUACAAUAUACCCCUAAGAUGGGCUCAGUAACAUAAUUGUACAUUCCAUUUGGUUCACACAAGGCAACAAUAUAACCACUGUAGCAUUCAAAGUGUAAUGAAAGUGCAAAAUUGAAACAUUAUCACCGAGGUAUGCACCUGGGGCAAUAGUCUUGCUUCCAAAUGCCUGGAAAUGUAAGGUCAGUGACAUGAAUCAAAUGUGAAUUGUUACACUCAUUAAAGUGUCAAA